UAUGUCUUUGUUAUCACUCUCGCGGUGCGCCCUCCGCCGACAAGUUGAUCAGUUACAUGUGACCGGUUGACUCGAUUGGUCAACCGAACCGAGUGGUUCAGUUCUUUUUCGUGUUGCAACGCCGGGUUUUUUUUUUCAACAGGCGUCAAAAUGGAGAGACUCAGCGGCUUAGUAGUCGCGACUUUCCUACUCUUGGUGGUCGCGGCCAUCGAGUCGAGCUCCUAUCAGCUGAAAGAAGCUUACAGCUGGAAGGUCGUCGAUUUCCAGUACCCGAACGAUACUGUCCGUCAAGGAGCGCUCAAAUCUGGCUCCUUCGUCCAGGAGAACAGUUUGCCUCUCGGCGUGGAGGUCUGGAAGAACAAGCUAUUCAUCACACUCCCCAGGUGGAAGCCUGGCAUCCCUGCAACUCUUACUUACAUCAAUUUGGAUGACGCAAGCGGAGACAAGUCGCCGAAACUGAUCCCGUACCCGGACUGGGAAACUCACGACUUGGAGACGAACGGCUCGAAGAUUGUUUCCGUGUUCCGUCUGAACGUGGACGUCUGCGACCGACUCUGGAUGGUGGACACCGGGCUGGUCGACAUCCUCGGCGAGCACAAGCACAUCAAAGCCCCCAGGAUCCUCGUCUACGACCUCAAGACCGACAAGCUCAUCGACGAGUACGAGGUGAAGAAGGAGCACCUCAAAGAGAACACCUUCCUGGCCAACAUCAUCGUCGAUGUCACCCCGGAGACCUGCGACAAGCCCUUCGCCUACGUCACCGACCUCAUGGCCUACGGACUCAUCGUCUACGACAUGAAGAACAAGGACUCCUGGAGGAUCGACCACCACUACUUCCACUUCGACCCCCUGUCCGGGGACUACCACAUCGGAGGAGUCAACUUCCAGUGGAACGACGGUAUCUUCGGCAUCGCCCUCUCGCCUGCCCCCAAGGAGGGACACCGGACCCUUUACUUCCAUCCCCUCUCUAGUACUAGAGAAUUCGCUGUCUCCACAAGGGUUUUGCAGAACAAAACGAACGCUGACAGUUACCACGAAUAUAAAAUAUUGGGAUCCAGAGGUCCGAACUCUCAAGCCACAGCCUCCUCCCUGGACGAGAAAACCGGGGUCCUCGUCUACACGCAGGUCAACAAAGAUGCCAUCGGAUGCUGGAACUCCGUCAGACAUGCUGAUGAGUAUUCCGCCGACACCAACGGAAUCAUCGCCGCUGACAACGAAACACUUAUCUUCCCCAACGAUCUCAAGGUGGACAAGAACGGAAACCUCUGGGUUGUCUCUGACCGUCUCCCUCAGUAUAUUUACAAACAAUUGGACUACAAAGAUGUGAACUUCAGAGUUCUCACGGCCUCAGUUGCUGAAGCCAUAAAAGGAACCGUCUGUGAUAAUGCUUAAAUUUAAUGAACUAUGAAACGCCAAGGAAAAAAUUAUGUUUUGGCACCGAGUCCUAAUGCACAGAACGCUCGUAAGAGUGUGUGGCCGAAUUUUUUGAGCUGUUACUAUAGAUUCUUGAAGCUACACUGUGUGUGUGCAAGCAUAUGAUCAAGUCUUUUCACGAUUUAGGCUCGGUGCUAUUGUAUGAUUCUCCUAUCAGUGAUAUUUUAAAGAUUUGCCAUCCCGUGUAUUUAUUAUUUUUAAGGCUCAAGACGUUUUAAUCAAAAUUUUUAUCAUGAGUCA